AGGGGUUGAAAUACGGGUUAGGCAACUCUGCCGGUUGUUCUAUCCAGCUGGUGAAACCCCCUCUUGACGGUGGAGUCUUGUGCCUCCAGUCUGUGUUUUUUCUCAACAACGCCUUUGGCCUGACUUGCGUGCACCUCUGCGGAUAUCUGCUAGACUCUUGUCCGCCCUCUUGCCUUCUCGACGAGCUUUUUUUUUUUUGUGCGACGAUUAUUGUCGGAACGCCGCGCCUCCGCGAGAUUUUGCAGGGAUAUUGCAGCCGCCUGGGCAGGGGGUGAACGGGGACGAGAAGUCAUAGACAGGUUUCUACCGGCAGUUAAGGAGCUCCUAAGCCCGGGCGGCUUCUUCUACAUGGUGGCUGUGGAGGACAACAAUCCGACAGAAAUCAUUUCCGUCAUGCGGGGCUACGGCGUGCACGCUGAGGUGGUUCUCCGUCGGAGGGCGAAAAAUGAAGCACUGUGCGUCAUCAAGAUGCGUCACCAGGAGUGAACGAAAGGGUGCUCGGAGUUUAUCGUGUGGGAUGUUCACGAACGAUUUACUAAACCCUUUUGGGUCUAGCUCUUAUUUUUUUCGGCAUAAAAA